AUGGCAAGUUUAACAGUGUUGUUGCGUCAUUCUGGCAAGUGGAACGAUGAGGGCAAUUACAUCGAUUUUUCAAUUGAGGGAAUACUGAUAAAGGAGUAUGCGUCCUUUAAUGAUUUAGUUGCUUCAAUUUCUAAUCAACUGGGCAUAGAUUUGAGCUCAAAGUCCAUUAAAAUUCAAUACAAAGUAGAAGGAAAUUGCACGCCAAUGGAAAUACACAAUGAUAUGGGUUACAGAGUGUAUGUAGAAUUGAAAAAAGAGAACAGAGAAUUUGGGAUGUAUCCUUUUUGCAUAACAACUAUUGAAAAAGAACUUGUCUCCGGAGGUAGUUUAAAUCAAGGCGACAUUGUGAAAAUAGACGAAGCAGUUCAAAGGUACGAUUCCGAUACAGAUGAUACACUAGCUCUAGAUUUUGUCAAUUCAGGAGAAGCAAUUGGAGUGUUCGAACUCCACAAGGAUUUGAUAAUUUCAAAAACUAAUCAAAGGGAGGUUAUGGCUGGACAAGUGUAUAAGGAUAAGGCUACAUUGAAAGAGGUGAUGGAGAAUUAUGCUAUAUCUCAAAGGUUUCAAUUCCGUGUUGAUAGGUCUAAUGCUGUCAGCUAUGCAUUAUUAUGUAUUUCAGAAGAUUGUGAAUGGAGGUUUAAGGCUUCAAGCAUUAACAAAUCAGAACUAUUCAAAGUGACAGAAUUCAUUGAUAACCAUACAUGUCCGCUGAAGGACAAGGUGUAUGAGCAGCGGCAGGCAAGUAGCAGCCUUAUAGGUGGUAUGAUAAAGCCUAAGCUUACUAAUCAUAAGAGGAAAUACACCCCAAAGGAUAUUAUUGAUGAUGUGAAAUCAGAUUUAGGUGUAGAUGUUAGCUACAUGUUGGCGUGGAGGGCUAAAGAAAAGACAAUGAAUAUUUUGAGAGGUGAACCGGCUGAUUCAUACAAAAAAUUACCAGGAUACUUAUAUACAAUGGAUAUGACAUAUCCAGGUUCCCACAUCAGAAUGGGGUUUGAUCAUUGUAGACCCAUUGUUGUUGUGGAUGGAAGUCACCUAAAAUCUUACUACACCGGGACUUUCAUUUCGGCAAGCACGUUGGAUGGUGCAAAGAACGGUGCUGCUUGGACGUGGUUCUUUGAGCAAUUCAAGAUAGCAUACGGUGACAGGGAAAACAUGUGCAUCGUUUCAGAUAGAAAUGAGAGUAUCAUUAAAUCUGUAUCGAGAGUGUAUCCAAAUGUAUCGUAUUUUGCUUGUAUAUGGCAUCUAUGGAACAACGUAUAUAAAAAAUUCAAAAAGAGCCAUACCAAGUUGAGCGAAAUAUACUUCUCGAUGGCAAAAGCAUACACACAAGCUGAAUUUGUGAUGGAGAAGGUGGAUAAGGUAGAUAUUAGGGUGGAAGUAUACUUAGAGUUAGCUGGAUACGGAAAGUGGGUUAGGUUGUAUGCACCUGUUAACAGGGGAUGGUCAAUGAUAUCAAAUAUUGCUAAGUCAAUCAAUGCUGCACUAGUUUUAGCAAGGGAAUUGCCAAUAUACGAAUUCCUCGAAGAAGUGAUACCAUCAACUGAAUACUUACAUAUGGUUAACGAUGGAGGGAGGAAUUACACAGUCGACUUGUUAGAGAGAAAAUGUGUUUGUGGGAGGUUCCAAGUUGAUGAAUUACCAUGCCCACAUGCUUGGGCUGUAUUGAAGAGCAAGUUUCUAAUGCCAGAAGAAUAUUGCUUUAACUAUUACAAAUCAAAUACUGUUGUAAUGACAUACGAUGUGCUUGUGUAUCCGCUACCGGACAGAAAUGACUGGAAUAUACCGGCACAUGUUGCAGAGGAGGUUGUAAUACCACCCAAAUGGAAAAGACCUCCUGGAAGGCCAAAGAAGAAGCGCGAUAAACCUUUAAGUGAAUUGCUGCAGCCGAAAAAUCAACAUUCAUGUAGCAUAUGUGGACGGGGAGGACAUAACAAGCGAAUGUAUAGAAAUGCUCCACGUAACAAAUAG